UGAUUCUAACGAAAGAGAGGGAGCAUACUCGGCGAGAGAAGUUAAAGGUGAUUGCUUUUGACUUGAUGCGGAUAAAGUUUUAUAUCCAGCCCUUUUAUCAGUGAAUAGAAUACUAUUUUCUUAGACCAGAACAACGAAUAUUCAUGAUGUCGGAGGCUGAGAAUUCUUGUGUGACGAAAGGGAUGGAUGAAAAGAGAUAUGAAAUACUGACUCAGAACUGUGGAAAACUGGCGGUAUACGUACAGGGAGACAUAGAGAAAAUGGACAGCAAAGCAGUUUUCCUUACAGUCCAUGACAUAGGCAGCAACCAUUCCUCUUUCCAUACCUUUGUGGAACAUGCGUGCAUGACUGAAAUUAAACAGCGGUCCAUUUUCAUCCAUGUUGACGUGCCAGGACAAGAGGACAAUGCUCCUGAUUUGCCUGUCGACUUCCAUUUCCCGACUAUUCAGAUGUUGGGUGAAGACUUAGUAGCUGUACUAGACCACUUAAAGAUAAAGUUUGUUGUCGGACUUGGUGAAGGAGCUGGUGCCAACAUACUGGUUAGAUUUGCGCUGGCUCAUCCUGCGAGAGUAUUGGGACUGGUUCUAAUCCAUUGUGUGUCUACAGGAGUUGGGAUGAUGGAAUAUUUCAAGGACAAGAUUCUGAACUGGAAACUGCAGAGUGUUGGAAUGAAUCCUUCAGCUGAGCAGUACCUCGUUCUACACAAGUUUGGAACGCAACUGGAGAUGGUUGACAAUAAAGAAAAGCUAAUUCAGGACUACGUAGAGAAUUUGAAAAAGAGAAUAAACGCUCGCAACCUGAAACGUUAUGUUGAAGCCUACAUGAACCGGAAAGACAUAUCGAUUGCCAUUGAAAACAACCUUAAAACCAUGGACGUGAUGCUAGUGACGGGGACAAAAUCAGCCCACGUGCAAGCCGUCCAUACCAUGCUUGCACGCAUGAAUAAACAGAAAACAACUUUUAUGAAGUUCGAUCGCGUCGGCGACGUUGUUCAGGAGGCUCCUGAAAAGUUAGCCCAAAACCUGUUGUUAUUUGUGAAAGGUCUGGGACUGUUGACAUCAGUAACUUUACCUGGGGUUGAUCGACAAAGAAACCUUCCCCCAGUGGAGCACAAGACUCUGGGAGCAGUUGGUCGGAGGCGAACAUUAUCCAUGGUAGACUAUGACAUGCCUCGUCCCAGAAGAACGUCUCUCACCAUUACUUCCCUUGCGGAAAAGUGAAAAGUUUAAUUUAUCAAUGUUAAAGGCACUAUACUGUUAUGGUUAACUGUGGUUUAUUGUGACUGGUGCCGUCUAAUGAACUCUUAGUAACAUCUAAUAUUUACUUAUCGUAAAAAAUAAAGUCAAUAAAGAACUCAACCAAAGUAUUAUCAAAUAGCUAAAACUUUGAAUUUUUCUUUUUCACUGAAAGAGUCCUAAUUGAAUGUGUAAUUAUCUUCAGUAUUUCAUAGAUGGCGCCUAUCGUGAUUUACCAAAGAUUAUAAGGCUUUAGUGCUAUUGCAAAGACGCCUACCUCUUCGUCUAUGAAGGGGUGGAUUAGAUUCCAUUGGAAUAUAUAAAAAAAUCUAUAACUUAAUGAUUGCAUUGCUAUUCAGAUAUCAUAAUUUACGUUUCUAUGAAUUUUUGAACAAAUAUUCGAGUAGAUAAAAUAAAAUAAUAUAUUAUGAAGCUGAUAGUCGACAUAAAACGUAAAUAAUAAUAAUCGUCUGUAAUCGCUUUGUGGGUUUCCUGUGAUUCUUCCAUAGGUUAGUGUCCGAAUUUUUAUCUUAUGUAUUCGCAAUCGAUGAUUAAUCUAUAUUUCAACCACAAAAUAGUAAUUGAUCAAACAAGGUGUUCACUUGCGUUAAACUUGAAAACUUAUGAAUUCUGUUAAUAAAAGUGUCAAUAUAUAUUCAGAUAACUUCACAAACUUUAUUUUUAACCCUUCCCCUUCAGUAAGUUUUUUAAAAAAAUUAAACAAAAAGCGCAAUACUGUAUAUGUGGAAUAUAAAAUAUUGAAAUUAGUUAAUUCAAUACCUGUGUCACAUUAAGAAGUAUUUGGAUGGAUAAUAAAGAUUCCGUCUACGUCUUUUAUUAUAUAAUUUUGACUAGUCAGUAGUAUGUAGUUUUUUCUGUGGUUGAACGUUUUGAUUGGUUGUUCCAAAAGUAUCAGAAAUUGCUACAUUUAUUCUCGUUUAUUGACAAAUGUUUUAUUCAACUUGUUUAAACGUUAUACGUAUGUAUAAUUAACAAAAUAUUAUCACUGGGGCAGGCUUAACUUUCUAGUUGCGUUUUUUAUUUGUACUAUCUUUUCUUGUUGUUCUUAAUUUACUCGAAAUAUCAUUUUAGGAAACUCCACAUCCGGCUAAGUGAAAAUAUCGUGUAAUCUAUUAGAAUGCACACACACAUAUAUAUUAUGUUGGUAAGGUUCUGUAGUACUUCAAAAAAUAAUAAUAUUCACACACAAAAUAAUUUGUCUAAAGUUGUAUGCUUACGUAUUAAGCUUUUCGAAGGAAUCGAACCAGGCAUACAAUUAUAACAAAUCAAUUGUAAUUUGAUGAUACUUAUUUUACCCGAAUAUACUGUCAUUAUAAUUCGAAAUAAAAUUAUGUUAAUAUUUACUACUAUAAAUGUGGCUGGUGCAUUACCAUUGUAACCCAAAAAUAAAUCUGACCGGAAGUUAAUAUUAAUACCACUAAGUCCCACAAACUUCGUAGGAUUUGUAAUGUGGCGGAAAAACUCACUUCAAUUCUCACCAGAGGAAUUCUUAUUCUCCUUCAAAGUUUACUGUUCUAUUAACUAGAAGUUGUUGUGUAUUGCUGUAAAUAUCUGCCACAUAACUGUAGAAAUUCUCCACCGUUAAACUAGGAGACUUUGAUUAACUUUUCUUAAAAACGUAGAUUCGCUUCUCUGUAUAUUAGCACAAACUGUUAUAUUAUUAAAUAAGACAAGCAUGUAUACCGUUCAUUUGUAUAUGUACGCACGUUCUAAUAAUCUGAAUUACAUAUAACUUCAAAGCGUUUAAUUGUGGCAUUAUUUCAACCUUUUUGCAGCUUCAUUUUACAAGGUUUACCCCCAUUGUAACUGUUGUUGAUUAUUGUUCCUUUAGAAGUAUUUACAGCUUUAUUUAUUGUUUAUAGGUAUUUCUAUCGAACAUUUUACAGAUUUACCUAUUAUUAAUAUUUGGCUGUCUGUAGCAUUUUAUACCGACAGAUUCGUGUAUCUGCGUUAUCUCUUUGCAUCUUUUACGCAUACAUACUCCAUUAUCAUCUUGUUCACACUCUAUCAGUCAUUACACACAUACGUUCUUUAGUAUUUCUCUUUAUAUCUAUCAGCUAAUAUACUUUGUAUUCUAUAAUAUAUUAAUUUUAAAAACGCUUCGUAACCGCUCGCCACCUCAAAAAUUAUCUGCUACGUCAGUGUGAUGCAAGUAUUUUAAGUAUAAGCCAUUGUAAAUUAUUUUUUGGCAUGCGAAAGUUCUUCCUAGUUACCAGUGAUGUUCUACUUAUGUUUGAUUCGUUUUUUUUUUUUAUGCUCGUCUUCUUUAUUUAUUACACAAUCUUAGUGUAAACUUGAGCUUUCCGGUUUAAAACAUUAAACUGUUAUAAUUUUAUUUAUUCAGUUAUUUUUUGAAACGUAACAUGCAGCCUAGUUAUAUGCCAUUCUUCUACGUACAAAACCUUUUUUUAUAUAAAAAAUAUCAAAGUAAAUCCGAAAUGUUAAGCAAAACGUUACUACUUUAUCUUCCUCUGUUAUUUGUAUCUAUACAAUUAUCAGUAUAAUAAAGUGUUGAAGAAAAAAUAACAAAGAGAGACAGAGAUAUAAAAAUGACCUGGCACAUUACGCAAUGAUGUUCAUUCUUUUCUUUCAAUUUAAAACGCUAUUUCUAUUGCGAACAUAGUUUUGUUGACCGAUACUGUAGAAAAUACACUUCAAUCAUGUGUGUUAGUAAGCUUUACUAACUCAAUUCUUUGAAUAAAACUAUACAAAUCUACAUUAAUAACAACAACAACAAAACCUGUGUACAUUAUAUUUACCAUAUUCUAGGAUUUUCAAACUGGUAUACGAUACAAUGUCAGUGUAUAUUUCUCUACGUCUCUGUUACACAUUUCAUUGGCGUAUUUACAGUUACUGUAUGAUCAUCUAUAAUGACAUAAAAAUACAUACAUUACCUUUAGAUUUAAGAAGAAAAGAAAAAAAAUAACAUUAAGUACUUGAACCAAAACUGUAGCGGAUAUUUCGUCAUAAGAUAUAAAGAAUUAUUAAAUUUAUAAUAAUAAUAAUAAACGAAAGAGGGCAGCAGUUCACAGCACAUUUUUCUUCAGUAUAGUCCUAGAUUUCAAGUUUCGUGAACGAGAAAAUCGUUUUAAGGUUUAUCUUGUGCAAUACUUUGCUGUUGUAAGUGACAAUGAAAUCUGAAUGUUUAAUAAUAAUUUAUGUAUGAUGUCGGUAUAUAUGUAAUGACCUAGCACUGAUUUACUGAAGCACUAGAAAUAAUUUAUAGUCAAACCACUUGUCUAGUAACAGACGAGAAUUUAAGUACAUGUUUUCAAUGCCAAACGAAUUAUUAUCGAUUUUUCGAAUCUACCUAUAUGGUAAUAUAGUAUGCGAGCAAUCGUAUUAUUCUGACUUAAUCUUCAGAAAAUGGAGUUCAUUACUAAGGUAUUCUUUUGAAACGAAAGUAGUAGUUUUUUUCUAUAGAUGUUUCACUGGGUACCUAUAAGUCUAAUUGUGAUGUGUGAAAACUGUGUAUUAGUAGAGACGAUUUGGUGUGAAUAAAUAUUGCUGCUUGAAUACGUUAGUUUUCGCCACUAACAGGUAGACAAACAAUACUGUUGUACUACUGUUUUCAUGUCAUUUAGUGUAGUAAAUCACAAAUAAUAAACAUGUUAUCUUA